AUGUCCUGCCUCGGUGCUCUCUCACACCUCGUGCGCCGCCGCGCCGCGCCGCCGGCCCCGGCCAGCUGCGCGUCGGCGUCGACCUCCACACUCGUGUCGGCCUACACGAGCGAGAAGGCCAGCCUCGCCCCGUCGGCGCCGCCGCGGGUGCGCGACACGGGCGCCCAGCUGGCGGCACUGCGCAAGCUCAUGGACGAGGAGGGCGUCACGGCCUACCUCGUGCCCAGCGAGGACGCGCACGGCUCCGAGUACGUCGCCAGCGAGGACGAGCGGCGCGCCUUUAUCAGCGGCUUCACCGGCAGCACGGGCACGGCCGUCGUGUGCGCCGACAGCGCGCACCUCUUCACCGACGGCCGCUACUUUGUGCAAGCGGAGGAGCAGCUCGACGACAGCUGGACACUGCACAAGGUCGGCGAGCCGGGCGUGCUCGACUGGAGCGACUGGCUCGUGGGACAGGCCGAGGACAAGCCGCUCACGCUCGGCCUCGAUGCGCGUCUGUCUUCCUACACUGCCGUCGGCCCGCUCGUCAAGGCGCUGGCGGACCGCAACUCCGCGGUGCACUACCCGACGCGCAACCUCGUCGACGUCUGCUGGCACGCGCGUCCGCCGCCGUCGCUGGCGCCCAUCUACGCGCACGACAUCAAGUACGCCGGCGUCGCGGCCGACGAGAAGCUGGCGCGCGUGGCGGCCUGGCUGGGCAAGCGCGGCAGCGCGGGCAACGCCAAGACGUGGCCGAAGGGCAGCGCGUACUUUGUGUCGGAGCUCGACGAGGUCGCUUGGCUGCUGAAUCUGCGCGGCGGCAGCUUCGCAUUCACUCCACUAUUCCCCGCCUAUCUCGUCAUCGCCGCCAGCGAGGGGGGCAAAUACCGCGCCACGCUCUUCGUCUCGCCGCUGCUGCUGCUGCCGUCGUCCAAGACGCGCAAGUACGUCGAGGGCCUGGACGUCGAGGUGCGCGAGUACGACGACGUGUUCCGCUUCCUGCGCAGCGGCGAGUGGAAGGGCGCGCCGGCGGAGGGCUCGGACCUGCCCAAGCUCGUGAUGAGCAGCACCGCGAGCUUUGCCGCAGUGAACGCGGUCGGCGAGGAGAACGUGGCGCUGCAGCCAUUGUCGCCCAUCGCGACCUGGAAGGCGCGCAAGAACGCCGCCGAGCUGGCUGGCAUGCACGCCGCGUACCGGCGCGACGGCGCGGCGUGGGUGCGCUGGGCGGCGUGGCUCGAGGAGGCCAUCGUGCACAAGGGCAAGGCCAUCGACGAGUGGACAGCUGCCAAGGAGCUGCAUCGGCUACGCACGCAGGACCCGCUGUACGCCGGCACGGACGCCUACCCGUCCAUCUCGGCCAGCGGCGAGGACGCAGCGCUGCCGCACUUUGAGACGCCCGAGGAUGGCACGGCACGCAUCAUCGACCGCGAGACGCCGUACCUCAUGGACGCCGGCGGGCAGUACUACGACGGCACGAUCGACACGACGCGCACGACGCACUUUGGCAAGCCGAGCGCCGAGCAGAAGCGCGCCUACACUCGCGUGCUGCAGGGUCAUAUUGCCAUCGCCGAGGCCGUCUUCCCCAUGGGCACGACCGGCGCGCAGCUCGACGUGCUGGCGCGCAACAAGCUGUGGCAAGACGGCUACAACUAUAUGCAUGGUACGGGGCACGGCAUCGGCGCCUUCUCGCAGGUGCACGAGGGCCCGCAAGGCUUUGGCCGCGCCAGCGGCGCUGCCAUGGUGCCGGCCCCGCUCGACGAGGGCAUGUGCAUCAGCGACGAGCCGGGACACUAUGAGGCGGGCAAGGGCGGCUUCGGCAUCCGCAUCGAGUCCAUCUUCGCCGUCGCCAAGGCACACACGCACCGCGGCUUCGGCGGCGCAGACCGCUGGCUCCGCUUCGAGCGCAUCACGCAAGUGCCCAUCGACCGCCGGCUCGUCGACCACAAGCUGCUCAACUCCGACGAGCUGCGCUGGCUCACUCACCACAACGAGUCGGUGCGCCGCGCGCUGCUGCCGCUCAUCAAGCACGACCGGCGGGCAGUCAAGUACCUUCAGAAGCAGUGA